GCAAGCGCAGUUGGGGAGAUGUCCCCUUCCAUUAUUUUCCGCUUAGGUAGAAAUUGAGGAAUGUUACCGUCCUUGUAGUUGAGUGUGGGCGGGAGGACCCAGGGGUCCUGGGUUCUAAUUCUGGCUGCGUGACCCGAGCUACAACUUUGAGCCCCACUUUUUUCUUCAGCUGUUAAAAGGGGCGAACUACGCAUCUGAAGACUAGCUGCAGCCUGCAUUAAGCACUGAGUUCUAGCAAGGAAGAUGUGAUAACUAGACAAUAACAUUGAUUAAGGCCUGUGGAAAAAGCAAGUAGAGAGCCUGGCCUCUAGGGUCCGUGCACUGGGGGAGAUAGCUGUGGCACCUUAUUGAGGAAGACAAGACUUGGGAAAAGUCAGAAUCUCAAAAAAAAAAAAAACCAAAAACCCUAAAGAAGGAAUGAUUUUGGAGAACCAUGAUCUUCAAAAGAAAGAAAUUACUGACAUUCCAAGAUGUUGCUGUGGAAUUCACCCAGGAGGAAUGGAGGUAUUUGGAUCCUGGCCAGAAGGACAUGUACAGGGAUGUGAUGCUGGAGAACUAUGAGAACUUUGUCUCUCUUGAGCUUCCAAUAACUAAACCAACUGUGAUUUCUCGGCUGGAGAGACAUGAAGACCCCUGGCUUUCAAGGGAAGAAGAGCCCAGAUGCAUUUCUGAGGAUUCCCCUGUUGAAAAAAGAGAAUGUGAAACCAAAGAGUCAACUCCAAAAGAAUGUAUACCUACUAGAGAGCCAACCAAAGAGAGACUCAUCAGGGAUGAGUUCCGGGAUUCUAAAUUGGGAGAGGCUUGGAAUUAUGACACUGGAUUAGAAAGACAGAUAAAUGACCCAGAAAGACAGUCCAUGAAGCUAAUAGUUAAGCACAGCAAAACUUAAUUUAACAGAAUUUCCAUGGUGAAGAACCUUUGUAAGUUUAAUAAACACAAGAAGUUUUACAUUUACCACUCAAAGUUUAAUUACCAUAGAGUGUGUUCUCAAGGAGAAUCUCAUAGAAUUAAUGAAUAUGAGAAAACCUUCUACAUCAGUUCCUGCCUUACUGCACAUGAAGGAGUUCAUGCUCAAGUGAAAUCUCAUAAAUUUGAUGAAUGUGGUAAGGCUUCACACCUUGCUGUUCAUCAGGAAAAUCUGGAAGAAAAGCCUGUAAAACAGUGUAAUACAGGUAGGAAAAUUUUUGGUCAGAGGAGAUAUGUUUGUCAACAUAAGAGAAUUCCUACUAAAGAGAAACUCUAUAAAUGUAAUGAAUGUGGGAAAGCCUUCUGGAAGAAAGGAGAUCUUAAUUCACAUAAGAUAAUGCAUACUGGCAUGAAACCCUAUAAAUGUAACAAAUGUGGGAAAGCUUUCAGUUGUAGGAGAAGCCUUAAGCUACAUGAGGCAAUUCAUUCUGGGCAGAAACCUUAUAAAUGUAAUGAAUGAAGGAAAAGCCUUCAUCCGGAAUUUUCACCUAAAAAGGCAUAAAAAAAUUCAUACUGGAGAGAAGCCUUAUAAAUGUAAUGAAUGUGGAAAAGCCUUCAGGUAUAAAGAAGACAUGUUUGUACAUGAGAGACUUCAUACUGGGCAGAAACCCUAUAAAUGUAAUGAAUGUGGAAAAGCCUUCAAUUAUAAGGGAGGUCUUAAUUCACAUAAGACAAUUCAUACUGGAGAGAAACUCUAUAAAUGUAAUGAAUGUGGAAAAGCCUUCAGCUAUAAGGGACAUAUGAAUAGACAUAAGAAAACUCAUACUGAUGUGAAACUAUAAAUGUAAUGAAUGUGAAAAAACCUUCAAAUGUAAGGAAAACAUUAAUUUACAUAAGGGAAUUCAUAUUGAAGAGGAAUCCUAAAAAUGCAAGGAAUGUAGAAAAACUUUUAAGUGAUAGAAAAACUUAAAAUAA